CAUCAGUACAGCAUCUGGCAUCGGAGAACAGAGGGGGAUAACAUGUUACUGAACCUAGGAGGACCUCUGCUGGCCUCGUCCCAUGCUGCACUGUACGCGUCAGUGCCUAGUUAUGGGCGCCUGCCGCCCGGCGUAGAGUCGGCGGCUCGCAUGAACGCCAUCACCCAGCAGAGGCUAGGCAGCAGCAGCAGCAGCAACACCAGCGGUAGCAUCAGACGGCGACGACACCGCCCCAGUUCAGCGUCAUCAGGCCCUCGACUACUGCACCCCAGCGGUAGUGGUCCUGAGGGCGUGCCCUCUUCUCUCUUCACGUUCCAGCCACCAAGGGCCACCCCAAUCGAACGCCCAACAGAGGUCGCACCUGGCACCACCGAAGGCGGCCAUAACAGCGGCAGCGAGGAUGGCGCUGGGCGAAGUGCCGCUGCUGUAAUCACGAAAGCUGUGGCAUCUGCUGAUGAAGAAGCUCUACACGUGAAGCUGGUCGAAGAAUCGGACCUCCCUGAUGUCUCGGCUCUGCUCGCGGAGGUGUUUGAACCGAACAUUUUGAUAGACCCCGCUGAAUUGAGGAGCGAGUCAUCUGUGGAGCGGCUGGAGAAGGCCAACAAGUACCUGAAAGAGAUGGCCUACAAAAAGGUGGGCGGGACGCAUCCAAGAGAGGAGAGGGAGUGCCCAUUGGUGGUUUGGUCUGAUACCUCAUGCCAGAUUUUGCGCUCCAUCAAGUCUCGGUGUGGGAAGCGCCUUACACGCGGGGAUUUCGCUCUCACCAGCGAUGCGCUCGUGCUAGCCGUAAGAGACAGCCGUCCCAAUGGUAGUGCCCGCGCGACGUCCGCCGUGCCGGAGUUGGGCGGCGACGGUGCUGGCGAUGCUGGCGGUGGGGAUGCUGGCGAUAUCGUCGCGGUUGUGGAGCUGUGUCUUCGUCAACCGGAUGGCUGGUUCCCCAUCAACGGGCCAUUCGUGCCAAUGACGGGGUGGGAGCCAUACAUGUGCAACCUUGCCGUCGCCGAAAAAUACCGAGGGAAUGGGUACGGCAAGCAGCUGGUUCGACUCUGCGAAGGCGUGGCCAAAAAGCAUUGGGGUUAUGAGCGUAUGUACCUUCACGUGGACGCUGCGAGUCCCGCGGCGACAAGCCUCUACUCGUCGAUGGGGUACGAGAUCAUGGAGCAGUUCCAGCCGCCAUCGUGGGUGAAGAAGCUCCUUGGAUUGCGGGACAUUCUGUAUCAAGUGAAGCACUUCAACGCGAAAAGCACGCCGGCAUGAACGAACAGCCGGCAGGGUUGUGAACAACAAUAGUUUUUUUUAGCGAUGCAGGUUUCACUUGCGGGUGAGAAGAACGGCUGCUACGCCGCACCGGUACAUUGCCGGCUACUUGAGGCGUGGACGAGUGCCACGCUCGAUACAUGCAACGAUAGAUGAUGCGAGUCUCUGUUCUUCCUCGGAGAGGUUUUAGGCAGUGGUACAGUUUUGGUAGAUGAGGCAGGUACAUGUUUUGUGUCUGCAACAGGCUAAGGUCUUGACGUGCUUGUUCCGAGCCGACGUUUCUCGUCGCGCGCACUGGCACGAGGUUUUCGGGUAGGCAUCCCAACCGAAGUGUUUGCUAUAGAGGAGCUUCACCGGGGCACAUGCUCCGCGAACUUCAAAAGGAGUAGUAACUGCUUGCGUAGUGAACUGGAAUUUUGUUUUGGUGGUUUAUUUUCGAGCGAGCUGGAAAAAACCCGGCAUCGCCUUCCUCACAGUAUUUUCAAGAUCAAGAGAAACAAGCAACGCAAGCAACGGAGCGAAUCGUUCCCCGGCUGUAGACCAAAGUUUUGGCAAGGCGCACGGUAGGUCUGAGUCGUUUGUUUACAUCCUGCCGCGACGACUGCCG